GAGACACUGAACUAAGGACAGGUCGAGUCGCUGGUGGUCAGAGAGACUCGGGCAGAGACGUGGAUCGCAGCAGGACGCCUCCGUACUAAACUCUGGGUUUUACCUUCUGCUGUUCUGAUUGGCUACUGUCCCUGCAUAGGAGAGAAGAUCAGCGGAUUGUGUGAGUAACGCUUAUUUCAUCAUCAUUCCUCAUGGAAAACAUCUCAACUUUGAACCUGAACUCCUCCGCCUCCGGGUGGCGCCGUCCGCUCUGGUACCAGUACGAUUCCUGUGCCGUGGCUCCUCACUGGUUUAUCUUCUACUUUAGUGUCAAAGUAUUAAACCUGGUUGCAGGAUUCCCAAUGAACGCACUUGUGAUGUGGCAGAUUCUGAAGAAGAAGAGCGAAGGAUCGACGUCUGACAUCUUUAUUUUCAACCUCUCGGUCCUGGACGCAUAUUUCGGCCUCAUGACGCCGGUGGACAUGGUCAACCGACUGUACCUCAACGAUCCCAAGAUCUGGUAUUCCCAACGCUUCGCCUACGGGCUGAAAGACGUGACUCCGUUAUUUCUCACCUGUAUUUGUCUGGACAGGUACGUCGCUGUGGUCCAUCCCAUUUUAUUCACCGGGAUCCGUGAUAAUCGCAUCCGAAUCGCCGUCUCCGUGGUGGUUUGGGGACUCAUCCUGGCCUACUCGUUCACUAAAUGCUUUUUAGGCGUCUUGAGUGUGAACGAAGUCUUCAGCGGAGUCAUCCUCGCCGCCUUCUUCCUCAUGGUGUUCUGCAACCUGUCCAUCAUCUGGGUCCUCAGGAAAAGCGUGGCAGGGAAAGAAAUCAUGAACCCGACGAAGAAGAGAGCCUUCAAAAUGGUGACUAUCGUCCUCGCCAUCAUCGUGGUGAACUAUCUCCCUCCCGUCGCUCUGCUGCCGUUUGCCUCCACCUACUCGUUCAAGACGCUCCACUGCAAGGUUCUUCUCGCCGUGUUCUCCAUCAUGGACUUGAGCUGCACCAUCGAGCCUUUGCUCUACAUCUCGAAGAUGGAGCGAUCCCAGUUCUGUCCCUGCCUCGAGAGUCCCUCCAAGAAACCCGUCAACGUUAGCGUCUGAAACGAACCACCGUCUGUGUGUGAUUCUAGACCGUGUAUUUGUCUAAUUCUCAACAGGUCUGUCGUGAUUAGUCACUUAAAGUUCGGAAAAACAAAACAUUAAAUGCAUCUAAUGAAGCAAAACUAAGCAAAAUAGAUAGACCUUUAUAAAGGACAGAGAAGAUCUAUAUCUUUAGCCACUAAUGUCAAAGGUUGUUUCCUUCAAACUCCACAGUAUUUCAGCACAAAUAUAUCUAAUUAAAUUAAGAUUUAUUUUUACAUGGACAAGGUAAGCAAAACUACACAGAGUCAAUAAAAUAUGAACACACUUGAAACCACUUCUAUUAUCUUUUUGGUUUCAGUCAAACUCUGUCCUCGAGAGUCACUGUCCUGUAGAGUUUAACUUUCCUCAACACACUUGGAAGUUUCUAGUAUGCCAGGAAAGACCUUGAUUAGCUGGUUCAGGUGUGUUUAAUUGGGGUUGGAGCUUAACUUAGCAGGACAGUGGUCCUCCAGGAUUGGACACCCCUGGUUUCAGUCAUGUUAAUAAUUUUGAAUCUAUUGGCGCUUUUCCGCUACACACUACCAGCUUGACUCGACUGCUUUCGGAUACUCUUUUUAGUAUCACCUCCGGCGAGGUUCUGAGCGAGCUAAGCCGGUACUAAAAAGCGACGUGAAAACAAUGCCGACUGCUGAUUGGUCAGAGAGAAUCGUCACCAUUUACUGCGUCAUCAUUGCACGCGCCAGAUGGAGGAUCCAGAAUAUCCCCGCCAUUUUUAAAUAGUUUGGCCAGAGAUAGGCCAGUUUCGAAACUUACUACUAUUAUUAUUAUGGCAACU